CGCGCGGCCCCGUCGCCUUGACGACCGCGACAAGAUGGCGUUGCAGCCUGGCGGUUUGCUGGCGCCCGACCCUGGGGCGCUGAGUCCCGCGCAGUGGGAGCAGCUGCGCGAAUUCAAGAUUCAGACUCGGAUUGCUAACGAAAAGUACCUAAGGACCCACAAAGAAGUGGAGUUGCUCCUAAGUGCUUUUUUCCGAGAAAUGUUUCUGAAGAGGCCAGACAACAUCCGAGAAUUCGCUGCAGAGUACUUCACGGAUCCAAGACUUCCCAACAAGAUUCACAUGCAGCUAAUUAAGGAGAAGAAAGCGGCUUAAUUAGCAAAAUCAUGAUGCUCUGCUGUUGAAAGAGACCAGAAAGCCUCCAGCCUGGGGCUCAUGUGGACGUGAGAGAGUCCUAUUGUUAUCAGUGUGGGUUUUCAAGCUGCCUCGGGCUCUGUCUGCAUUGCAAAGGCUUUUAAAGAUACUCAUUAAAAACAGACCUUCCUGAUC